AUGGAGCUGCAGGGGCAGCAGGCGGUCGCAACAGGAGGACAUCGCCCACAGCCGAGCUUUCGCAGAGCGCGGGAACGCAGGUCAGAUGUUGCUCUGACGGUCUCGGAGCCGAGCGUCAAAGCGCAAAACUUCAUGGCUUCUGCUCUCGUACGUGGCAGAAUGUGGAAGGCAGCCCUGGGAGCACUGGCAGAUCUUUUCAGGAACGCGAUGCAGCCGGAUGUGUUCUCCUGCAAUGCCCUAGUAGGCGCAUGCGCACCGGUCGCUUGGUGGCAGCUCGGCAUCCACGCGCUGGGUCAGAUGUGCUGGAGGUCGUUGGAGGCCAGUCUCGUUUCCUUCAACUCGGUGUUGGCUCUUUGUCGAGGCAAAGGACAAGCUUGGCGCCGUGGAAGGGCCUUCCUGGAACACUUUGCUGGCAGUGGCAUGUCUCCAGAUGUGGUCACCACGGCCUCCGGCAUUGCCGUUGCAAAUGACUGGGAGCAAGCCUUCGCCUGGAUCUCUCACACGGUGCUUCUGCACGUGCGAGCCAAUAUCAUCGUUCACAAUUCCGUCAUCGGCAGCUGCUCCGCUACGGCACAGUGGCGACAGACGCUUUCCCUCCAGAAGCGAGUGCGAGAUCGAGGAAGUCAACCAGAUCCGGUCACUGCAAACCUGCUGCUCUCUUCAUGUGGAAAAGAGAGUCGAUGGGGUAUGGCGCUCCGGGCGACAUCCCAAAUCGCCAGCAGCCAAAUUAGGGUUAACAUCCAAGCCUUUAAUUCGAUUCUCAGUGCAUGUGGGAGAGGUGGUCGCUGGUGGCAGUGCGUUGCAGUGCUGGCUGACAUGGCAAGUAACCUCUUGUCCCCUGACAUUGUCACAUACAAUUCCCUGAUGACCGUAUGCCAGAGCACACCGCAAUGGAUGGUGGUGCAUCAGCUCUUCCGCGACAUCCAGUGUCUAGGGCUACUGGCAGAUCGCAUCGCCUUCAACUCACUGCUUGCAGCAUGCGGGAGCAGCCAGCAGUGGGAGGCAGCGUCCAUGGUCGUGGACCUGGGCAUUUUUCUACCGAGUGUGGUGACCGUCGGCGUGGCCAUGAAUGUUUUGGGCGAGGCGGGGCGCUGGCAGUCUGCCUGCCGUCUGCUCUACGCUCUUCAAGAGAAGCGCUGGGAGGCCAACACCAUCACGUACAACUCUGCGAUUGACGGCGCUCAAGGUAUGGCUUGGAAGAGCGCCCUUGUGAUCUUUGGUGAUCUUGCGGCCGCAGGUUUGCAGACAAGUGUUGUUUCGAUCACCAGCACCGUCGCGGCCGUUGGGUCCCACCAGUGGCAGGCAGCAGCUCAGAUCACCGACGCAUCUGCCGUCGCGCCGUGCAAUGCACUCAUUGCAGCCUCUGGAAGCCUUGCGCAGUGGCAGAGCUGCCUCACCAAUGUGCAGGAGCUCCUGUCACAGACACUUCGAAUCAAUGCCUUCACCAUCAACUCAUCCAUCGCUGCCUGCGGCAAAGCCGAGAAGUGGCAGCAGGCCUUGCAGAUUUUUGCAGACGACGACACUCUCGCAGACCUUGUCACUUUUAACGCCAUUCUGGAUGCUUGCUCCGGCAACGCUUGGCAGGUGGCGAUCCGCAUGUUUCAGCUCCUCUGCUCCCAGCACACGCCGGACCUGGUCUCCUACAAUGCUGUCAUAGCCUCUUUGGUGCCUUCUGGGAACUGGCGUCUGGCGUUGGCAUUGGCCGGAGAGCUCCCACAACGACGGCUUCGUGCCAACAGGAUCACCUACAGCUCCUUGGCGAGUGUAUGUGGAGGAAUUCAUCAAUGGCAGAUCGCUCUGACACUCCUGGAGCAGCUCACGGCCGAGCUUCGGGAAGGCGACAAGGACUCGGCGCUCGGCGAUGUGGUACUUUGCAGCAGUGCCCUCUCGGCAUGCGAGCUAGCAGGGCGACGCGGGCCGCUACUGCCCAUGCUGACCAGCUUGAGCCGGCUGGGUCGAGGGCUGCUCGCGGAAAAUGGAAGUGCCAGCUGCCAGCUGUUGCGCAAUUCUGCCGCCAUCCAGCCGUGCCUUCUGCAGCCAUUUCAUAGGUUUUAA